AUUUUGUCCACGGUCUCUAGAAGAAAUUUGGCAAAGCUUCCUCCUAUUAUCUUCCGGAAACCCAAUGCGAUGACUGAAUAGAAGUACGUUUUUACAUGUCCUAGAUGUUUGCGUCUCUUCAUUUCGAGUCAUUUCAAACACCACAACUCCACAAGCCCUCCUCCUGCGAACUCCCACCCCAGCAAUCCAUCCAUCCGUUUCAAGCUUCAACGGUAGAAAAUACCCUUUCUGCAAAUUCUCUCUUUUCUUCUUAAUUCUCAAGCGGACAUCAAUGGCGUCCUCCUCCGCUAAUAUAUGGGUAAUGCUAGGACUGGGUUUGGCUGGUAUUUUGCUUAUGACUAGAAAACUAAAAAAAACCAUCAGAGAAGACUUUGGAGCAUUCGUUCAAAGACUUCAACUUCUUCCUCCUCCUCAACCUGCUCCUCCUAAAGCACCUUACCCUCUCACUGCUCUUACUUUCGCUGUUUCAGACUUAUUUGACAUUGAGGGAUUUGUGACUGGUUUUGGCAAUCCGGACUGGGCUAGGACUCAUGAGGCUGCUUCAAGGACCGCUUCUGUGGUGUCAACUCUCGUAGAUGGUGGUGCUAGUUGUGUUGGGAGAACCACUAUUGAUGAGAUGGCAUACAGUGUCAGUGGACAAAAUAAGCACUAUGAUACACCCUCAAAUCCUGGCGCGCCUGGCAGAGUUCCUGGGGGCUCAUGUAGUGGAGCUGCUGUUUGUGUUGCAUCUAACCUUGUUGACUUCUCUGUGGGUGUUGAUGCCGUUGGCGGUAUUCGAGUGCCGUCUGGAUUUUGUGGUGUUAUAGGAUUUAGGGCGUCACAUGGAGCUAUUUCACAUUCAGGAAUUAUUCCUGUCUCAACAAGUCUUGAUACAAUUGGUUGCUCUGCCAAGGAUCCUAGUGUUCUUAGGCGUGUUGUUCAUGUCAUGAUGAAACUUCAAUUUGCAACUCCACGAAGUCCGAGGCAGAUAAUAAUAGCUGACGACUGCUUUGAGCUGCUUAAAGUUCCUGCUGAUCGCCUUGUUCAGCCUGUGAUUAAAUCUACGGAGAAGCUAUUUGGAAGGCAAGUUUUAAAGCAUGAAAACCUUGGCAAGUACUUAAGCUCUAAGGUCUCAAGUUUAUUGGAAUUGUCCGCCCUGCAAAAUAAUGAUCAAGUGAAGACUUCUAUGUUUAGUCUGCUCGCUCAUGUGAUGCAGUCCCUCUAUAGGUAUGAAUUUAAGGGAAAUCAUGGAGAGUGGAUGAAUUUAGUGAAACCUGAUGUUGAUGCCAGGAUCGCAGCACUGUUCCAUGAAUCCGUUGUGAUUGAUGAGAGUGAGAUUCAAAAGAUGAGUCGAAUGAGAAAUGAAAUGCGGCUUGCACUCAACUCACUUUUGAAGGAUGAUGGAGUGCUGGUUAUCCCUACAUUUGCUGAUCCUCCCCCAAAAGUGGGUGCAAAAGAGUUAUCAUCAGAAAUUUAUUUGAGCCGUUUGUAUAGUCUCUUAUCUAUUGCCAGCUUAUCAGGAUGUUGUGAGGUUACGGUGCCUCUUGGAUAUUUUAACAAGUGCCCCCUUUCAGUGUCCUUUAUAGCGCGGCAUGGAGGUGAUCGAUUCUUGCUUGACACAGUACAAACCAUGUAUUCAUCUCUUCAGGAGCAACUAGAUGUUCUUUCUAAAACAAAAUCUACAUCCAAUACUUUGAGUCGGGAAAGCUCUGCAGAGAUUGCUAAAGAAAAGGGAAAUCAAGCAUUCAAAGAUAAGCAAUGGCAAAAAGCUAUCAAUUUUUAUACGGAAGCAAUCAAGCUUUAUGGAAGUAGUCCAACAUAUUAUAGCAAUAGGGCUGCAGCAUAUUUGGAGCUUGGGAGCUUUGUUCAAGCCGAGGCGGAUUGCACUAAAGCCAUAAACCUUGAUAAGAAGAAUGUGAAGGCAUAUUUACGUAGAGGAACAGCAAGAGAAAUGCUCGGCUACUACAAAGAGGCAACUGAAGAUUUUAGAUAUGCCCUUGUUCUCGAACCAACAAACAAAAGAGCAGCUGUAUCCGUGGAGAGGCUAAAGAACCUAUUCCAAUAGGUUUGCGAGAAUCAUCUCCUUCAAGCUUCAAGUUCGAAUCGGACAAACCAUUUCUUCUGGGUCUGAAUUUACAUAAGACCACCUGGGUUCACUGUGAUAGCUAUUUGAUUUGGCUGAGGUGAUUUGGACAGCAUUUUGUCCUGGAUGCAUCCUGGAAGGCUGGCACGUAGUUUUCUCCUGAGAUAAAUAGUAUAUACGGCAUCUUCUAUCGAUCAACUUUUUUCUCAGAAGUUAUCCCUGUACCAAUCCAAGUCAUCAUUGAUAGGCAAACUAUAUAGUGAAUAGCAUUGUGGCAGCUGCUGAAAUAUUUUGCUCUCCGUCAGUUACUGCAAAACAGGUUUCAGAGUUUUCAACUAUCUUUCUCAGUUCUCUUGUGGAUCCCCUGAAUACUUCUUUAAUACACCAUUGGCGAUCGUGUUAUUAUUGUA